AUGAAAUACGAAAAAAAUAAGUUAUAUACUUUUGUUUUACUAGAUGCUGGUCUAAAUGGACGGCUAGGAGAUUUUGGGCUUGCUAGAUUGUAUGAUCUUGGAGCAAACCUAGAAACUACCCAUGUGGUGGGCACUUUUGGCUAUCUUGCACCUGAGCUUUCUAGAACAGGCAAGGCAACUACAAGCACUGAUGUGUUUGCUUUUGGUGCAUUCAUGCUCGAAGUGGCAUGUGGAAGGAGGCUUAUAGAGCCACAAGGGUUGCCUGAAGAUAUGGUUUUGGUUGAUUGGGUUUUUGAGAACCAGAAACGAGGAACUAUUCUCUCCACGUGUGAUCCUAGAUUGGAAGGUGAGUUUUCAGAAGAUGAAAUGAAGUUGAUUUUGAAUCUAGGUCUGCUUUGCUCACACUCCAAUGCAGCAGCAAGGCCUAGCAUGAGGCAAGUGAUGCGAUACUUGGAUGGAGAUGCCCUGUUGCCAGAGAUGCAUCUUGAUACUGCAGGGAUGAAUUCCUGAAUUUGUGGUUUCCAACUCAAUUGAGACGUCUCUGAACACAGCCAAUUGAAAAAUCUACACAGAGAGAGAGAGAGAGAGAGGCAGAGAUAUGGGGAUGAAGCAAGUAUUGUGGAGCAUGAGAUUUCAAGCAGGAAACCUUUCAUCGAGAUUCGAGACGGUAAUGAGAUUGUUAUUCAGCUACUUCAAACCAAAUGCCCUACUUUUUUAAUGGGCUUUCAAACCUGAAAUAUGUUUGCAUAAUCAAUCUGUUGCAUCUAUAACUUGACAAACCCAAUAGUCAAUGCAAUUGAGAUCUCCUUUGCCA